ACAGAGUGUGCAUCACGAUGGCAUAAGUUUCCAUUGAGAAAUCUCAUUUACUGGUUCACGACAGGAAUAUUGAUAAGGAAGAUUGUGAGAAGAAUCGAGUUUUCACUCCAGCAUUGUUGGUGUAACAAACUCCUAGAACUUCUACAGCUGGGAAUGCUGGAUAGAAUUGGUGAGUAUAGAGAUCAAUGGGUGAUAAUCAGCAGGACAUACUUCGUCGGGUUGUUUUUCAUCUGCAAUGUAGCGCCUCGUGUGUCUCUCGAAGGCUUUCUGAAAUAUCGUACUAUUCAUGAAUAUCGAGAGCUACCAGACAUGCUCAAUUUCAACCAACACAAGUGA